CGCGAGGUGAAUUUUUCUAUAAAGCUGGAAACGAUACAAAAUAUGGCUUACUUUAAUUAAUAAUACAUUUAACUAAAACAUUUUGGUUUAAUUUGUUUUCUAAUGUGUUAAAACAUUUAGCUUUAUUUGCUGCUGUAUUACAUUUAAGCACUCUAAGCACGUCUGAAGUCGUAUUUUGAAGGCAUGCCAAGUUGUUCCGGUAUCCGGCGUGGGGCGCGAGGUUUAUUUUUCUACAAAGCUGCAAAUUAGCUUAGCUAGAGUAUUGCUUACUUUAAUUAACAUUAGAUUGAACGUUGACUUAUGCUAACAAUCUCACUACGUUUCGACUUCACAUUGAAUGUCGUGUCGUUAUGAAAGUUAGCAGUGUUGCCCGCUGUCAUGGUGGGACAAACAGGACAAAAUAGGGAUUGUCCAAGUCUCUGGGAAUGGAUUUACCUCCAGGAAGCAUGUACAAUACUUUGACAGAAGAAGUCUCGAAAGAGCUGGGACCAGUGGACCCUGACUGGUUCAACGUGCUGACCGAGCAAGCUUCAGCACUUGAGGGAACCGCCUCGGAUCAGGAGGACCUGUGUGCAAACCAGGAGGGAAAUUUCAAGACACCUUUGGAGAAAACAGCAGUGGAAAGUCAGCUGUUUUCAACGCCAAAAGUAUUCAGACGCACUUGUGUUUUGUCCCCGGACACUGAGGACGAACAAGAAAAAGAAACGGUGCCAUGGGCAACCAGAAGCCCAUAUUUGUUUCACAUUUCAAAAGAGACGGUGCCGGGUUCAAAGUAUGGAGAGACACAGCCUCACACUCACGACUGUUUUGAUCUGCUUCACACGCCACAAAAAUCUCCACUCAGCUACGCCCAGCACAUAUCCGAAAGCCUCGGCGCAAACAUUCACCCAGACAUAUCAUGGACCAGCUCCCUGAAUACACCACCCGCUCUGCCAUCCACCCUGAUUUUAUCUAAAACAGAUGGAAGUCCUUGCUCAGUGCCAUUCUUUCAGGACAAGAGUGUUAUGUUUGUUCGGAAGCUCUUCCCUUCUCUUUCAAAUGUAUCUGGAAAUGGAGCUCCAUCGCCACACAGCAAUGACCUGACUGCGCUAGCACAAGAUGCUGACCCUCCAGAGGUUGCCCCUCAUCCCGAGUCCCCAAAGUCUCCUCAAAAUUCCCAGAACCUCAGCAGUGACGUCUGGAGACAGAAGAUCCCAGACGCCAUUCAAGACAGGAAACUUCGCAGCACAGUCGCCAGUGUUCUCGAGGGAGCUGAAAACACCUUGUCAGUGUUUUUCACCAACAGUCGCUCUGUGCUGAGAAAGGUGGAAGCCGACAGAACUAAAAGGAGGCUAUCUGUUCUGGCAAAAGAGCACGACAGCGGCACCGCAGAAUCCAAGCCCGCAUCCACCCAACAAGGAGAAUCUGAUGUGGAGCCGUAUAGAAUGCCCCCUCGAAUAAGUCCUGUGAAAAGUGACGAGGCUGGACUCGCACAGUGGUCACCAAUGAGUUUAUCUGAGAUUACAGCCACCACUGUGGGAACUCAUGUUUCUCCACUACAAGAUAAAUGUACAGCACAGUUGGAGAGUCAAUGCAAGACUGAGCAGCCUGUCAGACCAUCUUGGGAUAUACCCCCCUCAGGAUUCAUCAAGAAAAAGAGGACAUUUGUUUACACCGUUGAGAAAGAAAGGCUGAAGGACAGCUCCAUACAAGGCUUUGACCUCCAUGGUAAGCCAAUUCCAAAGGCCAGGGAUGAAGCCGAUGGUUUUAACUUUAUCAACAAACCUCAACAACAGGAAGAAAAGCCUCCCUGCCAUCGCUCGAGUGUGCAGGACUUGGACAUGUCGCAGCUUUGCAGAGCAUUUGCACAAGACUUCAGUCAAACAUUCAACUCAGUCACACCACCCAAAGUACCGCAGCCGCCUCCUCUUCGUGGAGAUGGCUUCUCUCCUUCGGCAUGUCUCACUGCAAUGAAAGUGACUCGCCAGAAAGCCAAACAGCAGGCGAGCCUUCAUUGUGUGCGUGAAGAGCCUGUCGAUGAAUCUCACAGUGAGUCCAUGGUAGACGGAGCAGCGGGUGACAGUGGCUUCCUGUCGGCCGGUGCGGACAUCUCACAUGUGACUGCAUCCUCUGCUCUCCCGAGCAGUCAACAACGGACCACCCCUUUGGAGUAUAUAAGUAAAGAACUUGGAACACACGGUGAUGCCUCAUUGCGCACGAAGGACACAUCAGCACAUCUACUCAGUAGUCCACAAGCAGCCGUUUCUCUUCCCUCGAUGCCAGCAUCAGGGUUCAAAGCCGCGUGGAACAAAGGUAUGAGCGUAUCUGCAGCCAACCUUCAGAGAGCCAAAAGCCUCUUGGAGGAGGCUGAAGCUCAACCACUCCUCAACACUGAUCAACCUGUCGAAGUUCCUGCAACUGCAACAUUGGCUUCUGACUCUGGCCAAAAAGAGGAUGACUGCCAGCUGACCGCCUCCCAGAAGGCUGACGUGACAGAGCUGUGCACGCUCCUAGAAGAAGCUGACAGCCAGUUUGAAUUCACUCAGUUCAGAACUGCAAAAUCAGGCAGGGGAAGUGGCACCAUAACCCCGAAAGCAGACAAAGAAUUCGACCCUGACUUCCUGUCUGGGAUAGAUUUUGAUGAUAGUUUUGAGGCAGAAAAACAAUCCAAUGUCCCAAGUAAUCCACCGCUCGCAUCUUCGCCCAGUUUGAUUAAAAAGGAAGAAAGGAUGACUUCCACCUCACCUGAGCUCAUACUUGGAGGAGGCGGAUUCAAAACAGCAGGAGGAAACAUUGUGAGGGUCUCCAAAAGGUGUUUGAGGAAAGCCAAGGCUUUAUUCCAGGAUUUAGAGGGAAGUAUUUGUCCACAUCAAAGUGCUUGGAAUGCUAGACACCACUGGGAAGAGGAUCAGUUGGCAUGUGGCAGACCUGUCCAAAAUGCCAGUGGGGAAACUAUUUUGAUUUUGUCCAACGCGAUGCAAAAGGAAAAGGCUUUCUUUAAAGACUGCACUGACGUGAACGAAAGUGAUAGCACAAGGAGUGUAGAAGAUGGACAACGUCUUGUGAGGAUUGAGCCUGUAACCAAUGCAGCAACUUCUUCACUGAGCCCUGCUUCCUCUGUUGAUGUCUUCUCCAGCAGCAGUGCUGGAUUCUGCACGGCCGAAGGGAGAAAAGUGUCUGUGUCAGCCGAGGCAAUGGUAAAAGCCAAACCACUUCUGCAAGAGGAAGACACAAGCACGCAAAUGAAACGAGGACCAGGAGUGGACGCUGGCAACCAUCAGCCAAGCGGAUUCCAGACAGCUGGAGGCAAAAGAGUUGCAGUUUCUUCCGUCGCUCUUAAGAAAGCAAAAUCCUUGCUGGAUGGAGUCCAGGGUCAGGUAGAUGUCGAGCCAAAGGGUUCCAAGACCCUAGCCCACCAUUCACCAUCAAGGGGGGGCACAUUCCUGUCUGCUAAUGUAAAGCAGGUGUCGAUCAACUCUCUCUUUGAGAGGCCACCUGUUUCUGGUGAAACACCAGGAAAUAAUCCAAACAUGGAAAAGAUGGAUGGUUGUGUCGAUGAAGGCUUUGGUACAAAUGUGCCCAAGGUCAACGGAUGCAGCGACAUUAAAAACCAUCUACCUGCCUUCUCAAUGAAGAACACCAGCUCUUGUUCCCUUAGUGACAGCGGAUUCCGUACUGCCAGCGUCUCAGAUGAAGCAACACUGACAGCAAAGUCACUCUUGAAUGACGCUGAGAAGGAAAACCAGCAGCUACCAUUAAAAGCUAGUUUGCUAAACAACAAGAAAGACAUUUUGCAAAGUGGUGGGUUUCAGACAGCUCUUUCAUUAGCGGCUUUCAAGAAGGCAAAAUCCCUCUUCCGUGACUGCGAAGAUGAGGACCAAGCCAGUGACAACAUGUUGAGUUGCCCUGCUGUGGAGAAACCUGAAAGUGGGCUAGAUAGAGCAGAUUCCACCCAUGGAACCCUUGCAAAAGCACCCCUUGGCUUCUGGACAGCUGGGGGCAAAAGAGUUGCCAUUUCAUGUGUGGCUCUCAAGAAGGCCAAAUCCCUCUUCAGCGAUUGCCAUGAAGAUGAGGACAAAGCCAGUGAAAAGAUGUUCAAUACUUGUGAUUUGGAGAAUUCCCAGAGUGUGUUUUACACAGCAGAUUCAAGCCCCCAUGCAUCUACAUCCAACAGUGGUGGAUUCUGCACAGCCAGUGCAGACAAGGUGCUUGUGUUUGAUGAUGCAAUGACAAGAGCAAAGUCCCUGCUGGAUGAAAGCGUCCCUGCCGAGUGCUUGGACAAACCACACCAUCAUAAAAAUGCUGGCUUCCAGACAGCCGGCGGCAAAGGAGUGGCUGUUUCAUCUGCGGCUCUCAAGAAGGCCAAAUCCUUCUUCAGUGAUUGCAAUGAAGAUGAGGAGCUAGUCAGUGAAAAUAUGUUAAAUGUGGAUCACAGAAGUGUGUUUAAUCCAGCAGACUCCACCCCACAUACUUUGUCGUCCAGCAAUGGUGGAUUCUGCACAGCCAAUGGCAAAAGGGUGCUUGUGUCUGAUGAUGCAAUAACAACAGCAAAUUUGCUGCUGGAUGAAAGGAUCACAUGUGAGGGCUGGGACACAAAUGCUGGCUUCCAGACAGCCAGCGGCAAAGGAGUGGCUGUUUCAUCUGCAGCUCUCAUGAAGGAGAAAUCCCUCUUUAGCGAUUGGCAUGAAGAUGAGGACAAAAGCAGUGACAAAAAGCCUGAUAGCUUGAAUAUGGACAGUCACACAUGCGUGUUGGCCCCCAAUGCAUCUACAUCCAGUAGUGGUGGAUUUUGCCCAGCCUGUGGCAAAAAAGUACUUGUAUCUGAUGAUGCAAUGGCAAGAGUAAGGUCCCUGCUGGGUGAAAGCGUCACGCUUGAAGGCUCGGACGAAGCACCCCAACAUCAAGAUACUGGCUUUAAGACAGCCAGUGGCAAAGGAGUGACCAUUUCAUCUGCGGGACUGCAUAAAGCAAACAUUCUGCUAAAUGAAUGCAAUGAUUUGCAAGAUAUAACAAACACUGCAUCUCACGGUCCUCCCCUCAGGAAUUGUGGAUUUCUGGCAGCCAGUGGAAAGCCUGUGACCUUCUCCAGUGACACCCUCCAGAAAGUAAAAGCUCUUUUUGAUGAUAUCAGUCUCACAAAGACACCCAAUGUCAAAGACGUGAAAAUAACUUUGAACACACCAACAGCGGCGGGGGUCGCUCAAGCUAAAAACACCGCUUCAGAUGAAGAAAAGCCGGAAGCUGCAGAAGCAUCGAAGCGCAAAGAGGGCAGCCUCACAGGUCAGCAAAUGUUAGACGGUGAAAUAAAGCAGACGUGCCACAGAGACACACCUGAGCUCCAAAGACCAGAAGAGCCUUCAGUUGUGAACUUUCAGUCGCUCGACAUGAGUGACUGCACUGAAACGCAGCAGAUAUAUCUGGCCCAGGAGGCACUUGACUGCACCAAAGCUUUGCUGGAGGAUGACAGUCUUGCCAGGCCCACCAUGACGUUAGAAAGUAUGCAGCCAAAGAGCUCCUACUCCCGCAAGGCUGCUGAGAAAAGAUCAGCAGAAAAUGCUGGAUUGACUGAUCAGCCCCCUCUGAAAAGAAGCCUGCUAGAAGAGUUCGACAGAACUGUCAACAGAACUCUCCACAGUCCAAGACGAUCAAGACUCUGUCCCCAAACAAGUUCUCCAAAUGGUGUAACGAAGGACAGGCCAGUGUUCCAGUACAACGCCUGUCUUCAUCCCAACAUCACGAGGCCACACAGAGAUGGGAUGAGCUACAUGGAGAUCACAUGGCCGAGGACAACACAGCACAGCUCAGCAGCUGCAGGCAGCAGAUUGGCUUUUCCGAAGGCUCCUUCAUUUGUACCUCCAUUUCUCAAGAAGAGAGAGGCGCAACAGAGCAACAUGUACAAGAGCAGCAACGCUAACACGCCUCCUGCAUUUGUUCCUCCCUUCAAGAAACAAAGAGGUAUUGUCCAACAGAACCCCACGAAACCUUGUGCAGAAGAGAAAGAGGUGGACAAACGUCUCGCUGCACACUUGGAUGGCAACACGAGCAGUAAGGACUCAGAACAUCCUAGCAGUAUCUCCAAUCAGACUUCCUCCACCCAUCACGGAGCAGAGGAGAAUACAAAGAGGAGUCAUGAGAUGAUGCUUGAGAACAUUGAGUUGGCACAAGACAUGCAAGACAUGCGGAUUAUGAAAAAGAAGCGCCAGCUUAUCCGACCUUUACCCGGCAGCUUGUUUCAAACUAAAAUGUUGGGGCUCACAAGGACGUGUUUCAAAGAAGCGGUGGGUGGGAAGCCCCCAGCCAAGUACACCCAGAGACAGCUGUAUGAAUAUGGAGUGCUUCAGCAUGUGUCCCAGAUCACCAGCGACACCGCAGAGGCUUUCCGCUUCAACCUUCUGCAGUUCUACGGUAAGAAUGCCCUUGCAGACAAAGGUGCCGUUCAACUGGUCGACGGUGGACGCCUGGUUCCCAGCAGAGACGGGAGUGCGGGCAAAGAGCAGUUUUAUAGAGCGUUGUGCGAUACCCCCGGUGUGGAUCCCCAACUGCUGAGUGAGGAGUGGGUGUACAACCACUACAGAUGGAUUGUGUGGAAGUUGGCGUCUAUGGAGAGAUCCUUCCCACAAACAAUGGGGAGCCUCUGCCUGACCCCAGAGAGAGUUCUCCUACAGCUCAAGUACAGAUAUGACGUGGAGGUGGACCACAGCCUCAGGCCGGCUCUGAGGAAAAUUAUGGAACAUGACGACACCUCAGCCAAAACUCUGGUUCUCUGUGUUUGCGGGGUCGUCUCGCAACAAGGCAGCAACGAGGCCAAGAGUCCACAAGUGGGCGGCACCCAGGUCCGAGUGGAAAAUCCCUGUGCAGUGGUGUGGCUGACAGACGGCUGGUACGCCAUCAAAGCUCAGCUGGAUGAACCGCUGAGCAUCAUGCUUGUCAAAGGUCGACUGGCCGUGGGCGGGAAGAUCAUCGUCCAUGGUGCUCAGCUGGUGGGGUCCCAGGAGGCCUGCUCUCCUCUGGAAGCACCCAAAUCGAUCAUGUUAAAGAUUUUUGCCAACAGCAGCAGACCAGCACGUUGGGAUACUAAGCUGGGAUUUUACAGAGAUCCUCGUCCCUUUCUGCUGCCUCUCUCCUCUCUGUUCACCAAUGGAGGGCCUGUUGGCUGUGUGGACAUAGUGGUGCUCAGAAGCUACCCCAUGCAGUGGAUGGAGAGAAGGCAAGAUGAAGGUGUCGUGUUCCGCUCGGCCCGUGCAGAAGAGAAGGAGGUGGCUCGCUACAACAGCCACAAACAAAAGGCCAUGGAGAUGCUUUUUGCUAAGAUUCGAGCACAAUUUGAAGAGGAGGAGAAGGAGAGCAAACCUCAACAUCACAGACGGACUGUCGGUCAUCACGAUGUUGCAGGUCUGCAGGACGGGCAGGAGCUUUAUGAAACGGUGGGAGAGGACCUAGCUGGCCUCGAGGCUCACCUGAGCACACAGCAGUUGGAGACCCUGCAGGCUUACAGGCGAACACUGAUGGACAAGAAGCAGGCCGAAUUGCAGGACCGUUAUCGGCGCGCUCUCGAGAAAGCAGAAGACGGUAAAACCAACUGUCUUCAACGAGAUGUCACUCCCGUUUGGAGACUCUGCGUCGCCGAUUCCUUGAAUCCAACUGGCAGCGUUUACCAAUUGAACCUGUGGCGGCCGUCCUCUGACCUGCAGGCAUUACUAAAAGAAGGCUGCCGAUACAAAGUCUACAAUCUGUCCACUUCAGAUGUGAGAAAGCGUAGCAGUGUUUCAUCGGUCCAGUUGACCGGCACAAAGAAAACACUAUUUCAGGACCUCCAGACUUCCCCAAAAUGGUUGUCGGUGUGUUUUCAACCCAGAGUGUCUGCCAGCUUUGUGGACCUUCAAGACUCAGAAUUCCAGCCUCCCUGUGGAGAGGUUGAUCUCACUGGAUGUGUCAUCAGUGUUGUUGAUGGGCAGGGCCCAUCUCCUGCGUUUUAUCUGGCCGACGAAAAACUGAACUUUGUUAAAGUUCGCUGUUUCAGCAGCCUGCUUCAGGCUGGCUUGGUGGACGUGGUGAAGCCUCGCGUGUUGCUGUCACUCAGUAACCUUCAGCUGAGAGGCCACUCCUUUCAUCCCACUCCGGUUGUGUACGCUGGAGAUCUCACCAACUUUUCCACAAACCCCAGAGAAGCAUAUCUUCAGGAGUCGCUUGGCCCGCUCAGAAACCUGGUCCGGGACCAAAACAACUUCUUUCUCUCUGCUGAGAGGAAACUCUCACAUCUACUGAGGUCUGAGGGCUGUAGCUCCGUCUGCUGCCCCGCUCUGCCUCCCAAAACGCCCACGCUUGCUUCCGACAAUCAACACAUGAAGCCAGUUCGAAGCCUGGGCUGCUUCAAUCCUGUGAGCAGGAACCCUCCUCCGGCUGACGGAUCCACAGAGGAAGACCCAAGAAGCCUGAAGAGGAGAAGAGCUUUGGACUUUCUCUCUCGUGUCCCGUCUCCUCCUCCGUUGUUCCAUCUGGGCCCAGCGGCCUCACCUGCUCUAAAGAAGACUUUCAAUCCUCCUCGCAGAUCCGGGACACCCAGCACUGUAAAAACUGUACACACCCCACUCCCUAAAUCUGUCUCGGCCCCUGCAGAGGAGGAAUGGGUGGACGAUGAAGAGCUUGCCAUGGUUGAUACGCAGGCGUUGCGUGUCUGUGAUUCCCAUUAAACUGUUACCUACAGU